AUGACUUCGUAUAUGAGCGGAGGCGGCGCCAUGUCUGGUCUUAGGAUCCCGUCAAGCGCUUAUAUCCCGGGCUCAAGUGCCCUGGACGCUGGUAGGCUGGGGGGAGGCAAUCAUCAGUACGACUCAGCCUCAAGCAUCUAUGGCACAAGCCCCACUUAUGGGGCCAGUGGUCUUUACGGCUCUAGUCCCACUUACGGCGCUUCGGUGUACGGUUCCAGCCCUACUUACGGCUCUGCAGCGCUCGUGCCCUACAGAAGCACGGCCAUGUCCAGCUCUGCAGGUUACGGUUACGGGUCUACGGGAUCGUACACUGUCCCUGCCUCAACAUUCGCGCCCGGUGGGCCGUACGGCUCGACCGUGUACUCCACAGGGGGUUACGCCAUCCCCAGUGUUUACUCCUCCAGCGGGUAUGGGUCGUCCGGAGGAUAUUCCAGUAGAUCUGAUUAUUCCGCUGCGCAGUCACGAUGGCGUCUGGAUAAGAUUCUUUCUCAGCGGCAGCAAUCUGUUCGGGUCUCCAAUAUGGAAUCGACAUACGUGCGAAACGAAGCGCUGCGAACGCUGGACAACAUCCUGGGGCAUGUGGGCAACACGCCUCUCGUUCGCCUCAACAACAUCCCUAAGAGCUGUGGCCUCAAGUGCCAAGUUUGUGAAUAUGUCUUCAACAAAUGGUUGAGUAUCCCAUGUGUGCAGGUGUACGUGCUUCGUGCACUUGGUGCUGAGAUCGUGCGCACCCCCACGUCCGCUGCGUUCGAUUCUCCGGAGUCGCACAUCUCAGUCGCCAAGCGCCUUGAGAAGGAAAUUCCCAACGCAAUUAUCCUCGACCAGUACAAAAAUCCCGGCAACCCGAACGCUCAUUACGACGGCACGGCAGAAGAAAUCCUGCAGCAGAUGGACGGCAAGAUGGACAUGAUCGUGUGCUCGGCCGGCACCGGCGGCACCAUCACGGGCAUCGCUAAGAAAAUCAAGGAGAAGCUGCCGGACUGUAAAGUGGUUGGCGUAGACCCCGAGGGCUCGAUCCUGGCGCUGCCUGAGGAGAUGAACGAGACGAACAUCACGAUGUACGAGGUCGAGGGCAUCGGCUACGACUUCGUGCCUGACGUGCUCGACCGCGAGCACGUCGACAUCUGGAUGAAGAGUCGCGACAAAGAGUCCUUCGCAAUGUCCCGGCGCAUGAUUAAGGAAGAGGGACUCCUUUGUGGUGGCAGUUGCGGGGCGGCAAUGCACGCUGCCAUGAUCGCAGCCAAGGAGCUUGACGCUGACCAGCGCGUAGUGGUGGUGCUGCCUGACUCUGUCCGUAACUACAUGACUAAGUACCUCAGCGACGCCUGGAUGAUCGAGCGCGACUUCAUGAAGGCCCCUGAGGAGGAGGAGAACAGCAUGUGGUGGAGCACCAAGAAGGUGUCGUGCCUGCCCCUGGCCGCGCCCCUGACGGUGAUGCCGAACAUCUCCUGCCAGGACGCCAUCUCCAUCAUGCAGAAAGAAGGUUACGACCAGCUCCCCGUCGUCGACCAUGAGAGCGUGAUCCAAGGCGUGGUUACCCUGGGCUCGCUCAUGUCCAAGAUCGUGAACGGCAAAGUAGAGGCGGACAGCCCCGUUGCCCAUAGCCUCUACUCUAACUUCAAGCGCAUCACCCUGGACACAACGUUGGCCAAACUCUCCACCAUCCUGCACAGAGAUCACUUCGCUCUGGUCGUGCAUACACAGAGACUUUGCACAAGAAAUACAGAUCUGGAAGGCUCUGUCCAGGAGAAGGAAGUCUGCAUCGGCAUCAUCACGCAGAUCGAUCUCCUGACGUACAUCACACGUAAGGAUCAUCAUCGCAACUCACUGGACCCCAUACCGCAGCUCACCGCAGGCAUCGAAGAAGUGAUGUAGUUCGUAUUUCUCAUCAUAGGAAAAUUACAUGGAACAGGAUUUCAGUGAGACGACUCUUAUUUAAUGAGCACAAACCAGUGCUGCGCGUUGAAAUGUUGCAGCGUCCUCUUAAAAUGUCGCGCUGCUUGUCAUGUUAUCAUCUGGUUUGUUUAAAUUUCAUCAACUCUCCAUCCUCUCUUAUAAUUUAACUCUCACCUUUGCAAACUCGAGACUCACGGUGAGUAAACGUGGAUUCCUUUCAGUGAUUUAUCUGGUGUACACAAUUUUAAGAAAGUGAAAUUAAUUUAUUCGUAAUUUUUAAUAUUUCUGAAUCCGAUCCUAUUUUAAUAAGAAAUUAUAAUGGUAGUUAACUCUUUGAAACGUUCGUAGCAUUCCGAGUGACUUUCAUGUACUUUAUAUGUAUCUUGUUGAUGUGAUUUUCUGGCACAUCGUAUUAUUGCACGCAAGGAGUGCACACUACACAUAAUUGUCAGUGAUCUGAUGACGGUCAUGUCCAUUUGAUGGCCAUCUCAUGGCGGUCAUGUCCAUUUGAUGGCCAUCUCAUGGUGGUCAUGUCCAUUUGAUGGCCAUCUCAUGGUGGUCAUGUCUAUUUGAUGGCCAUCUCAUGGUGGUCAUGUCCAUUUGAUGGCCCUCUCAUGGCGGUCAUGUCCAUUUGAUGGCCAACUUUAGCACUCAAUUGAUUAUAGCAGAGCCUGAUGGGGCGCACGUUUAGUUCCUGUCACUUGAACCAUCGUCAGCUGUAGUUAACUAAAGGCCUGGCCCCUGGCAACACGAGUUAUCAUCAGUAGACCAAGGAUUAUAAAGGAUCCAGCUUCAUUGAGGUAAAAAAUUCUAGAACUCGGCAUCCUAGAAUUUUAGGAUGCAUCCUAGACUCCGAAGCAUUUUAUGUAGGAUUGUCUUUGAUUUAAAUUUAGUUGAUUUGCGAUUCAAUCAGUCCAGUGCCAGUAAUGCUUGGUCAAAGGACUCGAAGGAUAAUUCACACUCGCGGAGGCAGGCUAACCUCUGCAACAUAGACGAGCACUACACAGGGCCCUUGUUUGCGGGUAGCCCAGUGGUCUAGACCAGGAUCUUUAGUAGUGAUGAUUUGCAAAAUUCUCUCUUAACAUUAAGUCGUUAAUUAUUUAUUUCAGAGUAACAAGAGUACUUAAUUAUAUUUUUAGAUUAGUAAUUCGGAAUAGAAUCGUUCCCCUGAUAGUUCCUUCAUCUGAAAUUUUAGCAUAAAAUGGCGAGAAGCAGCUGAGAGCUUUAGAUUCAAAUGGAUCGGAAAUAGAAUAUUUUAUAUUGCUGUCGUCAUGGUCAUGUCGCUAUAAAGAAUAUGACUUCUGUAUUGCAUACUUAGUGUUAAUUGCUUCCUAGCUCGUCCAUAUCGUCCGGCUGAUGGUUGUGCCAUGACAUUGUUCUCUGUAAGAUGGUUGUUGUUUUGCUACUCCGUUUGAAACCUUUUUUUUAAUGCAAAAUAAAAUUCUGAUUCAAGUGCUUAGUUUUCUGCUGCUAGAAUAUUUACAAUUUUGACUAUGAAUGAUGGAGGCUGAAACUCGUGCGUCCUAAUGCCAUACACCAAUGUUCCGUCAUACACCAAUAUUCGGUCUUCAUUUUCUUUUGGGGAAAAUAGCUUUACUUUCAAUUUCAUUGCGAAAUUUUUUCAGCCAGAACGCAAUUUUGAGUAUCUAAUCGCGGUACAAUUAUCCUCGUUUCCCUAGUGCCGUAAUAUGUGAAAUGUGAAAUAUUUUAGCUUCAGUUUCAGCAUCCAUUUAUCUCUGCGUAUCUCAUUCAAUACUUCAGGCAGUCUUUCUCACGGCGAAAAGGAUGAACUAUGUGACAUAUAAAUUAAACAUCUCAGCACACAGUAUUGGACUAUUCAGAAUCAUUUUAUUGUGACAUGACAUUUCAGGAGAAUAUUUUAUACAUUUAAUUUUCUUUAAAUGUACGCAGUUUAUUCGAGUAUCAAGUCUGCUGGUAA